CAGCUGCAGCCGGUGGGAGGGGCUGGGCAGACCAGGUGCCAAGUUUUUAAAGAAAGAGCUGUGGAGUUGGUCUGUGAGAGCUGCUGGGAGCCACAGGGGAAGAAUGCAACUCUGAUGAAAUCUUAUCUGAGCGAGGAAAAGGCUACACAAUGGAGGUGUCUGAAUACAGUCCCCAGCGCCACUCCCUGCUGGACGCCAUCCACCGCUUCAACACUGCCACGACCAUCAUGGAUGAAACAAUUAUGGUUCCCAGCAUGCUCCAAGACAUAGCCCCUGCCAAGGAGGAAAAUGGAGACCACAAGAAUUCCCAAGAAGUCUUAGAAAACAGGAACCUGUACGAUUCCUACCUUCUCCUGAAAUCUCUAAGGCAUGACAUGAAGUGGGGAAGUCACUCCGAAAGCCAAAUUGUGGAGAAACACUGCCCCGACAAAGAGGACAUCCCAGAGGAAGAGACGGGAGACCUUGUGGACCAAUUUCAGCACCAUAUAAAGGGACUCCUGUCUGUCCUGACAAAGCUGACCAAAAAAGCCAAUCUCUUGACCAACUGCUAUAAGAAGGAAGUGGAGAUUGGAAACUCAACCAAUGGACACUACUCAAAGAGCAUCUACUACUAAAGAACAUAAUGGCCAUAUGUGUACUUUCAAGGAAAUGGGGUUUUAUAGCGAGACUGUUCAAUCAGUUGUCAUGGAAUCUGCUUUAGACUGUAUGCACAGCUGCUACUUCCAGCAAAACAGGUCCA